CUGCUUCCGGUCUCCAAAGAUGGCUGACGGACCAAAAGUGUAUAAGAAGACUUGUUCCAAUGAGAAGUUAUCCAUCUACCUGGGAAAGCGAGACUUUGUGGAUCACGUGGAAUCUGUGGAACCUGUCGAUGGAGUUGUUUUGCUAGACCCAGAAACUGUGAAUGACAGGAAAGUCUAUGUGACCCUCACAUGUGCAUUCCGGUAUGGUCGAGAUGACCUGGAUGUCAUAGGGUUGACCUUCAGGAAGGAUCUCUAUCUUCUCACAACACAACUUUACCCACCGGUGCCAGACCAGGUUCCGAAGACCAUCACACCCUUACAGGACAAGUUGAUGAAGAAGUUAGGAGAACAUGCUUACCCAUUCACCUUUGAGUCCUGUGGUGUGGAUUUUGAGGUGAAGGCGUUUUGUGCUCAAGACCCAGAAGAGAAAAUUCAUAAGAAGAACUCCGUGCGGCUGGUGAUCCGGAAGGUGCAGUUUGCCCCUGCUCUCACGGGCCUCUCACCCAAAACUCAAAUAACCAAGCAGUUCAUGAUGUCAGACAAGCCUCUAAACCUCGAGGCGUCCAUGAACAAGGAGAUUUAUUACCAUGGGGACCCAAUUGAAGUGAAUGUGGACAUCAACAAUACCACCAGCAAGAUUGUGAAGAAAAUAAAAAUAUCAGUUGAACAGCUCACAGAUGUGGUUCUCUAUUCCCUGGAUAACUAUACGAAGACGGUCUGCUCAGAGGAAUUUGUGGAGAAUGUGGCUGCCAACUCCACUUUCUCCAAAACGUUUGCGGUGACUCCCAUGUUGAGCAAGAAUCGUGAGAAGCGUGGUUUGGCUCUGGAUGGCAUGCUGAAGCAUGAGGACACCAACCUGGCUUCCACCACCAUCUUGAGGCCUGGGAUGGACAAGGAGGUUCUGGGCAUUCUGGUUUCCUACAAAGUGAAAGUCACCUUGGUGGUAUCGAGAGGAGGCAUCCUGGGAGAUCUCACAUCAAGUGAUGUCUCGGUUGAGAUGCCGGUUAUUCUGAUGCAUCCUAAGCCCCCCGAAAGUAAACCCAAAGCUGAGGAGGAUGUUAUGGUUGAGGAAUUCGCCCGCCAGAAACUGGGAGAAGGGGAAAGCGAUGAGGAAGGAGGAAAAAGCUAAGGCUCCAUUGUCUUCAGUAGGGGCUACUCAAGAGUUUCAAAGCCGAGAUUUAGGGCAUUUGCAUGAGCUCCGUGCAUUUUACCUUCAUAUUUCAGUAUUGUGUUUGUAAUGGGAUAAUUUCUCAUGAGCCUAAUUUCUUUGCUGUGUUUAAU